AUGGACCUGCCCACCGACGCGAUGAAGCCCGAGGCGGACGCGACGACCGCGGCAGUACUCGACGACGGCCUUGCCGUGGCGCCGUCCAGUCUCGACGCCGGCCAGUACACGCACCCGCUCUUUGACGAGUUCUACGACGACUGGAGCUCGUUCGACGCCGCGAUCGCGCGCGCCACGGCCGCGCAUCAUCCGAUCCGCAAGCGCUCGUCGCUGACGUUCGAAGUGUACAACCGGACGGUUUCCAAGGGCCGCCACGACCGCAAGAGCAUCGCCGACUUCUUGUCCAAGACGUUCAAGUGCACGCACGGCAUCAAGUUCCGCUCGCGCGGCAGUGGCAAGCGCAUGCGCCACAAAUUGCGGGACAUUGGCUGCCCUUUCCACGUCUACGCCUCGGCCGUGGAGUUCGGAUCGACGUACCGCGUGAAAGUGCGAAUGCACGACAAGCACAACCACCCGAUUGGACCGGACUCGAUGAAGAUGAUGAGCGGGACGCUGCACGAGUCGGACUACGAGCUGGCGACGACGCAGUCGAGGCCAGUAGAGGAAAGCGCUGUCGACGCAGGAAACGCUGCAGAGAAUGUGAUACGUACGGACGCAGCAGACGAGGCAGCAGCUCACGCUGCGUGCGAGACCGAGCUGCGGCAUCAGAUGGCCGACGCUGAGGCGCGAGAAGCGCAGACGCAAGCGCAGGCGGAAGCAGAUGCGCGGACUCAGGUGUAUACUGAGUACGAUGAGGCAGAGGAACUUUUGGACGGGCAGGGAGAGAAGGAGGCUGAAGCAGGUGCAAACGGGACGACCAUGACGGACGGGCCGGAGCAGUCUCAGGGACCGACGACAGACGUUGAGUCGCAGCCACCGUCGUCUGAUGUAGUCGACGCAUCAGAUAUUUUGAGUGGCAGUGGCCAUGAUAGUGAGGCGUUACUGGAUGGUGCGAUGGAAGACGACGACGUGUUUGCAGCUUCAGUUGCAGCUCCGACGAUGACAAGUGACGGUGCUGCUGUGGCGGUUUGUAGUACGACGGAAGCUGUGGAGUUUGAUGCGGGUCAGACGUCUCCUGCUAAGUUUGAACCGACAAUGACGCUUGAAGGGCUACGGAAACGUAUUGCAGAGUUUGCAGAUGAACGGGACUGGAAUCAGUUUCACACGCCUCGUAAUUUGUUGCUGGCGCUUACCGGUGAGGUGGGCGAGUUGUGCGAGAUCUUUCAGUGGAAGGGAGAGGUCGAGAAUACGGAAGAUUGGUCUGCUCGAGACAAAGAGCAUCUUGGCGAGGAGAUUAGCGAUGUGUUGAUUUAUCUCGUGCGACUCGCAGACAAGUGCGAUGUCAAUCUGCCCGCUGCCUUGAGCGAUAAGAUCGCCAAGAAUGCUCAAAAAUAUCCUGCCGAAUUGGUCAGAGGAUCGUCAAAGAAGUACAAUGAGUACAAACGGAUGCGUAUAUCGGAGGAGUCGACAUUGUGA